CUCAGUCAGAGGAGACAGCCAGCAGAGCUGACCCUCCUGAGCAGCCUGCUUGGGAGCCUGUGUUGAGCCAAAGCUCUUCUCCCCAGACGGAGGACAGAGCAGACAGCAGAGACCAUGGAGCCCCGCACAGCCACUUCCCACAGAGGAUUUGUUUCCUGGCAAGGGUUCCUACUUACAGCGUCAAUUUUGACCUUGUGGAGCCCACCCACCACUGCCCAAAUGACUAUUGAAUCGGUGCCUUUUGAUGCUGUUGAAGGGGCAGAUGUUCUUCUACUUGUCCACAAUUUGCCAAAGUACAUUUCAACCUAUAAGUGGUACAAAGGGGAAACGACUGCAACCAAAAGUAUGAUUAUACAAUAUUCGACAAUCAUGAAGAGACAUACUACAGGGGAUGCACACAGCAAUCGAGAGACGAUAUACCCCAAUGGAUCCCUGCUGAUCAAGAAUGUCACCCGAGAGGACACAGGAUUCUACACCUUCAGCAUAAAUCGAGUUUUGAAACCUAAAACUGCAUCUGGACAGUUCCAUGUACACAAGCCAGUGUCGCGACCCUCCGUCCAGGCCAGCAACAUCCCUCUCACAGAAGAUGAUCCUGUGGUCCUCACCUGCCUCUCAAACAACACUGACAUCUCCAUCCGGUGGAUCUUCAAUAACCAGGAUCUGCAACUCUCAGAGAGGAUGAAUCUGUCCCAGAACAAAAGCACCCUCACCAUCGACCCUGUCAAGAUUGAGGAUGCUGGGGAGUAUCAGUGUGAGGUCUCCAACCCUGUCAGUUCCAACAGGAGCGACACCCUCUGGCUGCCAGUUUUCAAGCCAGUGUCGCGACCCUCCGUCCAGGCCAGCAACACCCCUCUCACAGAAGAUGAUCCUGUGGUCCUCACCUGCCUCUCAAACAACACUGACAUCUCCAUCCGGUGGAUCUUCAAUAACCAAGAUCUGCAGCUCUCAGAGAGGAUGACUCUGUCUGAGAACAAAAGCACCCUCACCAUCAACCCUGUCAAGAUUGAGGAUGCUGGGGAGUAUCAGUGUGAGGUCUCCAACCCUGUCAGUUCCAACAGGAGCGACACCCUCUGGCUGCCAGUUUUCAAGCCAGUGUCGCGACCCUCCGUCCAGGCCAGCAACACCCCUCUCACAGAAGAUGAUCCUGUGGUCCUCACCUGCCUCUCAAACAACACUGACAUCUCCAUCCGGUGGAUCUUCAAUAACCAAGAUCUGCAGCUCUCAGAGAGGAUGACUCUGUCUGAGAACAAAAGCACCCUCACCAUCAACCCUGUCAAGAUUGAGGAUGCUGGGGAGUAUCAGUGUGAGGUCUCCAACCCUGUCAGUUCCAACAGGAGCGACACCCUCUGGCUGCCAGUUUUCAAGCCAGUGUCGCGACCCUCCGUCCAGGCCAGCAACACCCCUCUCACAGAAGAUGAUCCUGUGGUCCUCACCUGCCUCUCAAACAACACUGACAUCUCCAUCCGGUGGAUCUUCAAUAACCAAGAUCUGCAGCUCUCAGAGAGGAUGACUCUGUCUGAGAACAAAAGCACCCUCACCAUCAACCCUGUCAAGAUUGAGGAUGCUGGGGAGUAUCAGUGUGAGGUCUCCAACCCUGUCAGUUCCAACAGGAGCGACACCCUCUGGCUGCCAGUUUUCAAGCCAGUGUCGCGACCCUCCGUCCAGGCCAGCAACACCCCUCUCACAGAAGAUGAUCCUGUGGUCCUCACCUGCCUCUCAAACAACACUGACAUCUCCAUCCGGUGGAUCUUCAAUAACCAAGAUCUGCAGCUCUCAGAGAGGAUGACUCUGUCUGAGAACAAAAGCACCCUCACCAUCAACCCUGUCAAGAUUGAGGAUGCUGGGGAGUAUCAGUGUGAGGUCUCCAACCCUGUCAGUUCCAACAGGAGCGACACCCUCUGGCUGCCAGUUUUCAAGCCAGUGUCGCGACCCUCCGUCCAGGCCAGCAACACCCCUCUCACAGAAGAUGAUCCUGUGGUCCUCACCUGCCUCUCAAACAACACUGACAUCUCCAUCCGGUGGAUCUUCAAUAACCAAGAUCUGCAGCUCUCAGAGAGGAUGACUCUGUCUGAGAACAAAAGCACCCUCACCAUCAACCCUGUCAAGAUUGAGGAUGCUGGGGAGUAUCAGUGUGAGGUCUCCAACCCUGUCAGUUCCAACAGGAGCGACACCCUCUGGCUGCCAGUUUUCAAGCCAGUGUCGCGACCCUCCGUCCAGGCCAGCAACACCCCUCUCACAGAAGAUGAUCCUGUGGUCCUCACCUGCCUCUCAAACAACACUGACAUCUCCAUCCGGUGGAUCUUCAAUAACCAAGAUCUGCAGCUCUCAGAGAGGAUGACUCUGUCUGAGAACAAAAGCACCCUCACCAUCAACCCUGUCAAGAUUGAGGAUGCUGGGGAGUAUCAGUGUGAGGUCUCCAACCCUGUCAGUUCCAACAGGAGCGACACCCUCUGGCUGCCAGUUUUCAAGCCAGUGUCGCGACCCUCCGUCCAGGCCAGCAACACCCCUCUCACAGAAGAUGAUCCUGUGGUCCUCACCUGCCUCUCAAACAACACUGACAUCUCCAUCCGGUGGAUCUUCAAUAACCAAGAUCUGCAGCUCUCAGAGAGGAUGACUCUGUCUGAGAACAAAAGCACCCUCACCAUCAACCCUGUCAAGAUUGAGGAUGCUGGGGAGUAUCAGUGUGAGGUCUCCAACCCUGUCAGUUCCAACAGGAGCGACACCCUCUGGCUGCCAGUUUUCAAGCCAGUGUCGCGACCCUCCAUCCAGGCCAGCAACACCACUGUCACAGAAGAUGAUUCUGUGUUCUUCACCUGCCUCUCAAUGGACCCUGGUAUCUCCAUCCGGUGGAUCUUCAAUAACCAGGAACUGCAUCUCUCAGAGGGGAUGAAUCUCUCCAAGAACAACAGCACCCUCACCAUCGACCCUGUCAAGAUUGAGGAUGCUGGGGAGUAUCAGUGUGAGGUCUCCAACCCUGUCAAUUCCAACAGGAGCGACACCCUCUGGCUGGGAGUUUUCAAGCCAGUGUCGCGACCCUCCGUCCAGGCCAGCAACACCCCUCUCACAGAAGAUGAUCCUGUGGUCCUCACCUGCCUCUCAAACAACACUGACAUCUCCAUCCGGUGGAUCUUCAAUAACCAGGAUCUGCAGCUCUCAAAGGGGAUGAAUCUCUCCAAGAACAACAGCACCCUCACCAUCGACCCUGUCAAGAUUGAGGAUGCUGGGGAGUAUCAGUGUGAGGUCUCCAACCCUGUCAGUUCCAACAGGAGCAACACCCUCUGGCUGCCAGUUUUCACACCUGUGAGGCAACCCUCGAUCCAUGCCAGCAACAACAUUGUCACAGAAGAUGAUUCUGUGCUCCUCACCUGCCUCUCAAAUGACACUGGCAUCUCCAUUCAGUGGUUCUUCAAUAAGCAGGACCUGCAGCUCUCAGAGACAAUGAAGCUGACGGAGAACAACAGCACCCUCACCAUUGAUCCUGUUAAGAUUGAGGAUGCCGGGAAGUAUCACUGUGAGGUCUCCAACCCGGUCAGUUCCAACAGGAGCGACCCUCUCCAGCUGAACGUUUUCCCAUUCUUGCCCAAACCUUAUAUCACAGUCAACAACUCCAGCCCUGUGGAGGGUGAGGAAGCUGUAGCACUGACAUGUGAACCCGAGACUCAGAACACAACCUACCUGUGGUGGAUCAAUGGUCAGAGCCUUCAAGAUGGUGAUAGGCUGAAACUGUCUGAGGGCAACAGGACACUCACUUUAUUGAAAGUCACAAGAAAAGACACAGGACCCUAUGAGUGUGAGACUCGGAAUCCAGCGACUUUCAACCAAAGUGACCCAGCCUUCCUGAAUAUUUCCUAUGGCCCGGAUGACCCCGUCAUAUCACCCCAAGAGUCAUAUUUCCGUGCAGGGACAUUCCUCAGACUCUCCUGUGAUGCAGACUCUAACCCACCUGCACAAUAUUCUUGGCUUGUCAAUGGGAGCUUCCUGCAACCCACACAGGAGCUUUUUAUCCCUAACAUCUCUGAAAAUGAUACUGGAUCUUAUACCUGCCUCGUCUCUAACCUUGCCUCUGGCCUCAAUAAGAGUUCAGUCAAGGAUAUUACAGUCACUGCACCUGUGAGGCAACCCUCCAUCCACAUCAGCAAAACCAUUGUCACAGAACAUGAUUCUGUGGUCCUCACCUGCCUCUCAAACGACACUGGCACCUCCAUCCAGUGGAUCUUCAAAAACCAGGAACUGAAGCUCUCAGAGAGGAAGAAGCUGUCCGAGAAGAACAGCACCCUCACCAUCAACCCUGUCAAGAUUGAGGAUGCUGGGGAGUAUCAGUGUGAGGUCUCCAACCCUGUCAGUUCCAACAGGAGCCACUUACUCAGGCUGAAUGUUUCUGUAGAAGACAGAACUGGUCUCUCCGUGGGAGUCAUUGUCGGCAUUGUGAUUGCAGCUGUAGCUGUGGUGGCUCUAAUAAGCGUCCUGGUAUAUUUCCUGGUUUUCAGUGGAAGUGGCCGGACGGGGCCCCUCUGAUAACUCUCCUGACAAGGUAAGCACAGCCAGGUGGAUGAAAUUGCAUAUUAUUUCCUGAGUUUCAAUAACCUGCAAUCAAAGCAAUCAACUUCACACUCUCCCGUCCCCACAGUAAAAGAAACAAUUUACUCAGAAGUCAAAAAGAGUGACCCAACCUAUCCUGUCACAGCACUGCUGACCCACUCCAUGGCCUCCCUGGAGAUUUCUUUACACUCUGAAGAAAAGGAAAAACAGCCCCCUACUCUGUCCUGCCACAUGUAGCACCUCCAGGCUGCAAGGCCUCCCUCCAAUGUCAAUAGAGGAAAAGGUAUACCGGGAACUCUGUAGGGAACCCAAAUUCAUGAUCACUGAGAGCUGGUAAAGCCAAUUUGGGGGAACACUUGCCAGCAUUCCCUGCUGCUCCCUUUUCCCAGUCUAGAAUUGUUUUAAAGUUAUUUAUUCAGAGCACACUCAUUUCUUCCUACCCCACUUCUGUCCUGUCAGAAUGUAACUUGAAUUUGCCAUCAUUUAAGGAUUAUUUCUUUUUCCACUUAAGUGCAUUUGCCAAAAGGAAAAAAGAGAGAAAAACUAAAACAAAUAAUAGCUUUUCCUUUCUCUCCAAAUUGUCAUGUGAACCUACCAUACCCAAGAAAGUCAAAUAUGCAGCUAAUAGUGCACUGAGAAAUACUGUAUUUUUGUCUCCUGUGAUGGGGUCUAAAAACUUUCUGAUUUGCUAGAAUAUCACCUAAGUCCUUUGGCAAGCCUGUCUCCAGAGAAUCACUAAAAACAACUAGGAAAAUGAUUUGCAAAGCCUCAAAAGUAACUCCCAAUAGAAAACGCAAGAGUGCACAUACAUCUUUAAUACCUAGGAAGGCUUUAUUCAAGGAAGUGCCUGGAAAAGGGGAAACUACAGCUUUAUGAAGGAAUUCAACUUUGAAGAGAGGCAAUCUGCUGGGAACUCAGGAAAAGAACAGAGCUGUCCUUCAUUCAUUAUUUACAAUUAUUGGUAAAGAAUUCACAACUGGAGGCACGUGACUUUUCCCUUUUCUGAGACAUUCUACCAUUUUAAAUUUUGGAACUUCUUACUUCUUUGAAAGGGUUAUUUUCACUUAGCUGUAUAAGCUGACCUGACCACCUUGGUAUAUAGGGAGCCACCAAAAUCCCUCAGGCUCCCUUGGGCAGGACCUUCUCAAGGCUUUUUUCUCAAAGGCCUCCAAGAAAAAUAAGAAGAGGCUUUGCUCAUUUGUGUCAGAAAUAGGCCUGACUCAGUUUCCAACCACGUCAGACCAGCUGCCUUUCCCCUCCAUGUUGCCUCCUGUGCAUUCUCUACCUGUCUGCCCUAGUGUCUCUUGUCUCAGGACACCUUGGCCUCUGCCAGGGUGUGUUUGAGCCUGGCAAAGUGGGAGCUCCCUAAAGGGAACCAUAGGCUCCUACUGAUGGAUUUGUUUACAACCUGGGAAACUGCACUGGUGCUGAUGCCCCUUAGGAAUGAGGAUCACAAGAGGCCAUGAGGGCAUAGGGGUUACCCGACCCUGGUUUUUCUGAUCAGCCUCUGAAACUUUCCUUUUCUCCCAUGGGCUCUAUGAGUCCCAGUGGGAGUUAGAAUAAAAAGGGACAAGAGAAGGAAGGCAAAUGUCCUCCACAAGGAGCCUUUUGCUACACAGACUAAAUGUGUUUGGGACUGUAAAAAAAGGUUUUAUUUGAUGAUCUCUACUUGAUCGCAUGCUAUGCCUAACAGGUCUCCUCUAAGAGAAUUCACUGGGAGUUCUCCAACUCAGGUACCUCUUCCAGGGAUUUAUAGACCUGACACUGACUGUGUGCACUUUCCCUCCUCCAUGCUGUGCUGGAUUAUUUAAUUUUGCCUGGCUAAAGCCACUUCUGAUUCUUUGUAAAAUAUAUAAUAAAAAUAUAUAUCAGACAUCGA